AGCAGCCGGGAGGGGAGCGCCCCGAGCGUGGGCCUUUGAGCUUUGCAGGUGCCUUGCCUAGAAGUGGUUCUGUGGAUGCUGCUGUCGGUAGGAUGUGGGCUGGAGCCCGUGCUCCCCAUCAGGGGGGCUCUGGGCAGGCUCCAGCAGCAGCAGCAGCAGCGCUGGAGCCCCGGGGGAUGCGGGAGGGGCCGCCGCAGGGCAGGUGCUGUGGGGGGGCUGUCUCCCCCCGGGGACAUCCGGGUGGCAGCCCACUGUGGCGAGGCUCCGGGGAGCUGCGUCUGGUGGGCGGCGGCGGGCGCUGUGCCGGGCGCGUGGAGGUGAAGCACGGCGGUGAGUGGGGCUCCGUGUGCGCCUUCGACUUCGACUGGGAGGCUCGCUGGGCCGUGGUGGUGUGCCGGCAGCUGGGCUGCGGCCGGGUGGCCAGGGCGUCCCUGCACGCCCCGUUCGGGCCGGGUAGCGGGCGGAUCUGGCUGCAGCCCUUCUUCUGCAACGGCACCGAGGAUGCGCUGGAGCGGUGUCCUAACUUCGGAUGGGGACGGCAUUUCUGCGGCCACGAGCGGGAUGUGGGGGUGACCUGCACAGAUGCCGUGGAGCUGAGGCUGGCGGGCGGCGGCAGUCCCUGUGCCGGGAGGGUGGAGGUGAAGCUGCAGGGCCACUGGGGCACAGUGGCAGACAACAACUGGGACAUGGAGGACGCCGAGGUGGUUUGCCAGCAGCUGGGCUGUGGCUCGGCUUUCGCUGCCUACUACACCCACGAGCGCUUUGGCAUCAGGGACGGGUUCGUCAGCCUGGCCCUGGUGGACUGCAGAGGGGACGAGGCCACGCUCUGGGACUGCGAGAUCCGUGGCUGGGGACCCUAUAACAGCAGUAUCAAUGUCUCGGACGUUGCCGUUGUAUGCCAAGGCUUUUCCCGGCUGGUUGGUGGUGAUGGAUCCUGUGCCGGGCGGCUGGAGGUGCGUCAGGGCCGGGCCUGGGUCGGUGUCUGUGAGGAUCAGGUGGACAUGAAGGUGGCCCAGGUGGUGUGCAGGGAGCUGGGCUGCGGUGAGGUGAUCGCCAUCGCAGGCAGUGGCUGUUUAGGGGCAGUGUCGGGAUCGCUCUGGGAUGGAGGUUUCCAGUGCAAUGGCACCGAGCCCCGUCUCAGCGCCUGUGCCCGGCGUCCGGCAAAGAGCCCGGGCUGCAGCGGCCCUGGCAGCGUCAUCUGCUCUUCCUACACGGGCUUCCGGCUGGGGAACGGCAGCUCGGGAUGCUCCGGGCGAGUGGAGGUGGCAGUGAGGGGGACGUGGGGCUCCGUGUGCGCCAGCGAGUGGGACCUGGCCGAUGCGCACGUCCUGUGCCGCCACGUGGGCUGCGGCCGCGCCCUCAGCGUGCUGCCGGGAGGCUCCUUCGGCAGCGGGGAGGGGCCGCUGCGGCCGGACGCCUUCGGCUGCAGCGGGAGCGAGCGGCACCCGGGCCAGUGCCCCGUGGCCGUGCUGGGGAAGCCGCCCUGUGCCCCCGGGAACGCCGCCGCCGUCAACUGCUCAGGCGCUGUUGAGUCCCUGCGGCUGGUGAAGGGUGAGACUCGGUGCGAGGGGUUUCUGGAGUCGAAGACAAGUACCGGGUCCUGGCGCCGUGUGCCAGGAGAGGUUUUGCUCAUACGGAAUUUGAGCAAUGUGUGCUGGAAGAUGGGCUGUGGAGGACUGGAGAAGAGUGAAGUUUUCCUUGGAACGUCCUACCUGGCCCAAAUCAGCUAUGAGGACUGGGAGAUCUUGAAAACGGUGAUCGAGGACAUUAAGCAGAUGACCACUGAUCUGCCCAGUAGGACUGUACGUGACGAUUAUUAUUCUGACAUGACCACUUCAACAGCUGACGGCCGUCAUGGGGCCUGCCUUGUCUGCUCAGGCAGCCUGCGGGUGAGGCUGGUGGGGAGCUCUGGGCGCUGUGCCGGGCGUGUGGAGGUCUAUUCCGGUGGCAGCUGGAGCUGGGUGUGCCAGGAAGGCUGGGAGCUGCAGGACGCGGCCGUUGUGUGCCGGGAGCUGGGCUGUGGCACGGCGCUGCAGGCCCCGGGCUGGGCGCGCUUGGGUGGCGGCCCGGGGCCGCUGUGGCCGUACAGCCCCGAGUGCUCCGGCUCCGAGGAGUCUCUGUGGGAGUGCGGGCGCACGGAACGGCGCGAGUGCGGGCGCGGCGGCGGGGCAGGGGCCGUGUGCUCAGAGCAGCUCUCCGUGCGGCUGGCAGGGGGCCCUGGGCGCUGCCGGGGCUUCCUGGAGAUGUUCCACAACAACACCUGGGGCCGCGUGUGCGCCAACGGCACCAGCAAUGGCACCGCCGCCACCGUCUGCCACCAGCUGGGCUGUGGGCGCUCGGUCUCGCUCACAGCUGUCUCCGCCCAGGAGCCGACCGAGGCCUGGCUGGCCUGGGUGGGCUGUGAGGACGGGGCCCGCUCGCUCUGGCAGUGCUCCUCGGCACCCUGGCACCUGCAGAGCUGUGGCAGCCCAGGCGGGCACGCCUAUGUGGAGUGUGAGGAGCACAGUGAUGGCACCACUGAGGGACACACUACCCCAUAUCCGGAGGGUGCCACCAGCACAGGUGUCCCCAGAAGAAGGCCCCGGGCAGUGGCCGUGGGGUCUGUGUCUGUGCCCACUGUGCUGUGCGUGGUGCUGGGGACGCUGCUGUGCCUGUCCCUGGGUGCCCUGGCGCUGCUGCUGUGCCGUGCCCGUGCCCGGCGCCGAGGCCCUGGCAGAGCUGCAGAUGCCAUCUCCAACGCUGUCUACGAGGAGCUGGAUUACAAAGCCAUGCCCGAGUACCAGGAGGUGCCCACUCCCCCAGGUUCCCUGUUGGAGGGAUGGGUGAAGAAGCUGCCGUAUGACACCGGGGACAGCGUGGCGGGCAGUGACACCGAGGCAGCCCCAGAUCCCCCUGCCCGGCCCGAGCAAGGACCGCCGGAUGGCUACGACGAUGUCCUGGAUGUGGCCCAGGAGCCCCCCGCUGGCAGCACUGGGGACAUCUCCGAGGGAGUGGCACGGCAGAGGUGGAUCUGUGUGCUGCCCACAGGUGGCAUCUACUCCCCUCCAGGUCCCCCAGGAGCCACCAGGGAGCCCUCGGAAGAGCCCCCUGGACACAUGGACUAUGAUGAUGUCGGCACCAGCACCCUGGGGACGUUGCAGCACCCCGCGGUGGCAGGGCAGCCGGGCCAUGGCCCCGGCCUGCGGCAGGUCGUGCUCCAGGAGGUUCCCGAUGUUCAGGCCGGGCUGCAGGGCCCGGAGGGCGUCCAGUUCCUGCAGCAGGGCCUGGCUGAAUCCGUCCGUGCUCAGCCUGGGCGUGGAGGAGGCAGGAGCAGAGGAGAAGGUGUUGGAGCUUGUGGGGAGGGAGGAGCUGCAGCGGCCGCGGUGCCGGUGCGGCCCUGGCUGUCCCGCGGCCUCCGCUGCCCGGCUCGGGCAUGCCGGGCAUGGAAGGGGCCGGGGCAGGGCCCCGACUCACCCCAGGCUCCUCAGCGGGCAGGCGGGAUGCCGGAGCUGCUGGCAGAGCUGCAGGACGCCCUGGGCUCGCAGCUCGUUGUCGCUCAGGUCCAGGCAGCUGAGACGGGGCCCAGCAGCAGCUGCGCAGCCAGGGCCGGGCAGGAGGCGCCCGCCAGCCGGCAGCUGCCCAGCCUGGUGAGCCCGGGACGUUUCCUGCCGUGCGCGGCCGGCGGGCUGCGGGGGCCCGAGGGCGGCGGCUGCGCGGCGCUGUCGGCGGCAGCGCAGGUGUCGGGAGGAGCGUGCGGUCGCUGGCGAGGCCGGGAGCCGCCGGGGGGUGACCGCCUCCUUCCUGCCCUGGGGCGAGGCGAGCGCGGGGCCGCAGCUGCGGCAGCAGCGCCAUGUGGCAGCGCCGCCGCGAGGGACCGGGCAGCUGGCAGCCCCGCCGAGAGCCGGGGGCUGCUGGAUGUGGGCUGGAGCCCGUGCUCCCCAUCAGGGGGGCUCUGGGCAGGCUCCAGCAGCAGCAGCAGCAGCGCUGGAGCCCCGGGGGAUGCGGGAGGGGCCGCCGCAGGGCAGGUGCUGUGGGGGGGCUGUCUCCCCCCGGGGACAUCCGGGUGGCAGCCCACUGUGGCGAGGUGUGUGACGGCAGAGGCGCAGGCGAGGCUCAUAUUUGGGCACGGAGCAGGUUAUUGGAGGCCGCGGCCCCGCAGCCGGGAGAUGAGGCGCCUGAUAAAGGCUGCUGCCCCCGGUGCUGCUGCUGCAGCGUGCAUUGGCUCGGGCGCUGGCAGAGGUGCCCUGGCUGCGCUGGCUCUGGGGCCGCUGGCCAUGGGGCCGCUGCUGGCUCUGGGGCUGCUCGUGUGCGUGCGGCUGUGCGGGGGCUCCGGGGAGCUGCGUCUGGUGGGCGGCGGCGGGCGCUGUGCCGGGCGCGUGGAGGUGAAGCACGGCGGUGAGUGGGGCUCCGUGUGCGCCUUCGACUUCGACUGGGAGGCUCGCUGGGCCGUGGUGGUGUGCCGGCAGCUGGGCUGCGGCCGGGUGGCCAGGGCGUCCCUGCACGCCCCGUUCGGACCGGGCAGCGGGCGGAUCUGGCUGCAGCCCUUCUUCUGCAACGGCACCGAGGAUGCGCUGGAGCGGUGUCCUAACUUCGGAUGGGGACGGCAUUUCUGCGGCCACGAGCGGGAUGUGGGGGUGACCUGCACAGAUGCCGUGGAGCUGAGGCUGGCGGGCGGCGGCAGUCCCUGUGCCGGGAGGGUGGAGGUGAAGCUGCAGGGCCACUGGGGCACAGUGGGAGACGACAGCUGGGACAUGGAGGACGCCGAGGUGGUUUGCCAGCAGCUGGAUUGUGGCUCGGCUUCCGCUGCCUACUACACCCACGAGAGCUUUGGCGUCGGGGACGGGUUCGUCAGCCUGGCCCUGGUGGACUGCAGAGGGGACGAGGCCACGCUCUGGGAUUGCAUGAUCCGUGGUUGGGGACCCUAUAACAGCAGCAUCCAUGGCUUGGAUGCCGCCGUUGUAUGCCAAGGCUUUUCCCGGCUGGUUGGUGGCGAUGGAUCCUGUGCCGGGCGGCUGGAGGUGCGUCAGGGCCGGGCCUGGGUCGGUGUCUGUGAGGAUCAGGUGGAUAUGAAGGUGGCCCAGGUGGUGUGCAGGGAGCUGGGCUGCGGUGAGGUGAUCGCCAUCGCCGGCAGUGGCCGUUUUGGGGCAGUGUCGGGAUCGCUCUGGGACGGAGGUUUCCAGUGCAAUGGCACCGAGCCCCGUCUCAGCGCCUGUGCCCGGCGUCCGGCCCACAGCCAGGGCUGCAGCGGCCCUGGCAGCGUCAUCUGCUCUUCCUACACGGGCUUCCGGCUGGGGAACGGCAGCUCGGGAUGCUCCGGGCGAGUGGAGGUGGCAGUGAGGGGGACGUGGGGCUCCGUGUGCGCCAGCGAGUGGGACCUGGCCGAUGCACACGUCCUGUGCCGCCACGUGGGCUGCGGCCGCGCCCUCAGCGUGCUGCCGGGAGGCUCCUUCGGCAGCGGGGAGGGGCCGCUGCGGCCGGACACCUUCGGCUGCAGCGGGAGCGAGCGGCACCCGGGCCAGUGCCCCGUGGCCGUGCUGGGGAAGCCGCCCUGUGCCCCCGGGAACGCCGCCGCCGUCAAAUGCUCAGGUGUUGGCUUCGUCACGUCCCUGAGGCUGGUGGAUGGUCAGAGCUUCUGUGAUGGGCGGCUGGAGGAGAGCAUAACCAGCCCAGACUGGCGCCGUGUGCCUCUGGAGCAGUGGAAGUUAUGGGAUGUGUACAUGGUGUGUGCGGUGCUGGGCUGUGGCCUUCCCAAGGACGUUUACACUGCCUUGGGUACGGCUCCUGUAUUGAGCAGCAGCCGCAGCGAGGUGGACAUCAUUACUGAAGAGAUGGACAGCAUUUUUGGCAUGGGCUCUGCACUGACCAGCAGCCCUGAGGAGAUGGAUAACCAGCUGGAGGAGAUGGGUGAUGUCUCAGGAAUGGGUCCUGCAGCGAACAGCAGCCUUGAGGAGAUGAUCAUUGUCUGCUCAGGUGGGUGUCCCGAGAAGAGCUGGAGGUGCCGGGGCCCCAGGCAGCCACCCCAGCCCACUCCUUCCGUGCCCACAGGCAGCCUGCGGGUGAGGCUGGUGGGGAGCUCUGGGCGCUGUGCCGGGCGUGUGGAGGUCUAUUCCGGUGGCAGCUGGAGCUGGGUGUGCCAGGAAGGCUGGGAGCUGCAGGACGCGGCCGUUGUGUGCCGGGAGCUGGGCUGUGGCACGGCGCUGCAGGCCCCGGGCUGGGCGCGCUUGGGUGGCGGCCCGGGGCCGCUGUGGCCGUACAGCCCCGAGUGCUCCGGCUCCGAGGAGUCUCUGUGGGAGUGCGGGCGCACGGAACGGCGCGAGUGCGGGCGCGGCGGCGGGGCAGGGGCCGUGUGCUCAGAGCAGCUCUCCGUGCAGCUGGCAGGGGGCCCUGGGCGCUGCCGGGGCUUCCUGGAGGUCUCCUACAACGGCACCUGGGGCCGCGUGUGCGCCAACGGCACCAGCCCCGGCACCGCCGCCACCGUCUGCCACCAGCUGGGCUGUGGGCACCGGGGCUGGCUCACAGCUGUCUCCGCCCAGGAGCCGACCGAGGCCUGGCUGGCCUGGGUGGGCUGUGAGGACGGGGCCCGCUCGCUCUGGCAGUGCUCCUCGGCACCCUGGCACCUGCAGAGCUGUGGCAGCCCAGGCGGGCACGCCUAUGUGGAGUGUGAGGAGCACAGUGAUGGCACCACUGAGGGACACACUACCCCAUAUCCGGAGGGUGCCACCAGCACAGGUGUCCCCAGAAGAAGGCCCCGGGCAGUGGCCGUGGGGUCUGUGUCUGUGCCCACUGUGCUGUGCGUGGUGCUGGGGACGCUGCUGUGCCUGUCCCUGGGUGCCCUGGCGCUGCUGCUGUGCCGUGCCCGUGCCCGGCGCCGAGGCCCUGGCAGAGCUGCAGAUGCCAUCUCCAACGCUGUCUACGAGGAGCUGGAUUACAAAGCCAUGCCCGAGUACCAGGAGGUGCCCACUCCCCCAGGUUCCCUGUUGGAGGGAUGGGUGAAGAAGCUGCCGUAUGACACCGGGGACAGCGUGGCGGGCAGUGACACCGAGGCAGCCCCAGAUCCCCCUGCCCGGCCCGAGCAAAGACCCCCGGAUGGAUACGACGAUGUCCUGGAUGUGGCCCAGGAGCCUCCCGCUGGCAUCACUGGGGACAUCUCCGAGGGAAUGGCACGGCAGAGGUGGAUCUGUGUGCUGCCCACAGGUGGCAUCUACUCCCCUCCAGGUCCCCCAGGAGCCACCAGGGAGCCCUCGGAACAGCCCCCUGGACACAUGGACUAUGAUGAUGUCGGCAGCAGCGCCCUGGGGACGUUGCCAUGAGGAUGUCCUGGCCAUGCCACAGCCCUGGGGACACGUGUGUGGCGAUGUGGUGGGGCCCUGUCCCCAGGGAAGGCUGGCCGUGCCCACAGAGGUCAGCCAUCGCUGUCCAGAGCUGCAGGAAUAGAGCUCCUGUACAGGGAUUAUCUUUGAUUUCAGUGUGAUUUUCCCUUUUUUCCUAGUAAAACCCA